ACAAUCGUUGCGGUGGAAUUCCUCAGCACUUUGUCGACGGCUUUCUGCUACAUAAGCACUAAGUUCAAUACACAUCAGUCAUGAGGCUUUUCUUGAUCUUAGCUUUGUGCUGCUUCGCACUGGCUAAAAGCCAAAUCAUUGGGUAUUAUCCUGGAAUCGGACAACCAAUACAGCCCAUACAACCCAUACAGCCCAUACAACCCAUACAGCCAGUUCAACCAGUAGGCCAGGGCUAUCCUAGAUUUGAAGCUUAUGCCGGCGAGUAUCCAUACCAGGUCGCCAUUCAGGUAGACGGACACGCCCAUUGUGGCGGUACUUUGAUCAGUAAGAAACAUGUUCUCACGGCUGCUCACUGCACCCACGAUUGGAUUCUGCAAAGAAAAGACAAGACAACAAUCAAAGUUAUUGUCGGUACGAAUGAUCUCAAUAAUGGAGGCACUGUUAUGAACGUCGCCAGGGUUAGUCAGCACCCGCAAUUCCGCUGGUAUGGUCCAGAUGUGCCCAUCCUAAAGCACGAUGUGGCUGUCAUCAGAUUGACGGAAGAGAUUACGGAAUCCGAUACGGUGAAGCCUAUCAGUCUACCUGCAGCCAACUCAGAAAUAGCAGCCAACACCCGACUAAUUUUGACAGGCUUUGGCGCUACUUACGCUGGUGGACCGAGCUCUAGCGUACUGAGACAUAUCUAUCUGUACGUGACGGAUCACAAUACCUGCUCGAUCAACUGGUUGAAUCGUGGAAAGAUCACAACUGACCACUUGUGUGCUACACUGGCUCCAGGAUACGGGGCUUGCAAUGGUGACAGUGGCGGUCCUUUGGUUCUGGAAGACAAGUCAACCGUCGUCGGUAUUGUAUCAGAAGGUAUCGGUUUGGGCCAUGGUUGUGGCUCAGGCUGGCCGGAUCUCUUUACCAAAGUAUCACACCACUUGGAAUUCAUCAAUGGAGAAUUGGCAUUAACUAACUAAACGAAUGAUAGGCAGACUUAAAGAGUCAAAAAGUUGCAUAAUAAUGUAUUACAAAAAUUAUUUCCUAAAAAUAAACGGAAUAUAGAAUGAGAAAUAAUGUUUUAUUGGGAGUAUAAAGUUAAUUCGCGGUCAGAAAAAUGGCGGCGACAAAGUCGCUAGUUGUACAUUGCAAGUAUAUAUAUAUAUCAAAUAUGGCGGCGAUAAAGUCGCAUCCACCAGAGGGCGUAUGGCAACUUUAAACUCCCAAUAUUAUCACAUAAUAAAUACAAGCGUUAUACAAAC